GUGGGGAAGACAUCCCUGAUCAUGGCCCUGGUGGGCGAGGAGUUCCCCGAGGAGGUGCCCCCUCGGGCGGAGGAGAUCACCAUCCCGGCGGAUGUCACCCCCGAGAAGGUCCCCACACACAUAGUGGACUACUCAGAGUCGGAGCAGACGGAGGAGGAGCUGCGGGAGGAGAUCACCAAGGCCAACGUAGUCUGUAUGGUGUAUGAUGUCACCAAGGAGGUCACCAUCGAGAAGAUUCGCACUAAGUGGAUCCCCAUGGUGAACGGGGGAUUGGAAAAGGGGUCCAGGAUCCCCAUUAUUUUAGUGGGAAACAAGUCUGACCUGCAGCUGGGCAGCUCCAUGGAGGUCAUCCUGCCCAUCAUGAACCAGUUCUCAGAGAUUGAGACCUGUGUGGAGUGCUCUGCCAAGAACCUCAAGAACAUCUCUGAACUCUUUUACUACGCCCAGAAAGCUGUGCUGCACCCCACAGCCCCCCUCUACGACCCAGAGGAGAAGCAGCUGAAACCUGCGUGUGCACGAGCGCUGACUCGGAUUUUCAACCUCUCCGACCAAGAUAACAACCAGAUCCUUAGUGAUGAUGAGCUCAACUACUUUCAGAAGUCCUGCUUUGGAAACCCGCUGGCUCCACAGGCCCUGGAGGAUGUGAAGAUGGUUGUGUGGAAGAACACAACGGAUGGAGUGCAGGACAAUGGCCUGACCUUGAAUGGCUUCCUCUUCCUCAACACUCUCUUCAUCCAGAGGGGUCGGCACGAGACCACCUGGACCAUCCUUCGCCGCUUUGGCUACGACGACGAGCUGGAGCUGACAGAUGACUACCUGUACCCACAGUUCCGCCUCCCCCCUGGCUGCUCCACAGAGCUCAACCACCUGGGAUACCAGUUCCUGCAGCGACUCUUUGAGAAGCACGACAAGGACCAGGAUGGAGCCCUCUCGCACACAGAGCUGCAGAACUUCUUCAGCGUGUUCCCCCGCGUGCCCUGGGGCCCAGAGCUCUACCACACGGUAUGCACCACUGAUACAGGCCUGCUUUCCCUGCAUGGAUUCCUCUGCCAGUGGACGCUCAUGGCUUACCUGGAUGUACGGCACUGCCUGGAGUGCUUGGGCUACUUGGGCUACCCCAUCCUGUCGGAGCAGGACUCCCAGACACAAGCCCUGACGGUGACCCGGGAGAAGAGGAUUGACCUGGAGAAAGGCCAAACGCAGAGAAACGUGUUCCUGUGCAAGGUGCUGGGAGCCAGGGGUGCAGGCAAGUCCACCUUCCUGCAGGCCUUCCUCGGCAGGAGCCUGGCGGCCCAGAGGGAGAACCUGGGACAGCCAUCCCUCUACACCAUCAACACGGUGCAGGUCAAUGGCCAGGAGAAGUACCUCAUACUGUGUGAGGUUGGUGCUGACACGACGUUCACGAAGCCGUCGGACGCAGCCUGCGAUGUCGCCUGUUUCCUCUAUGACCUGAGCGACCCCAAGUCCUUCAGCUACUGUGCCACUGUUUAUAAGCAACACUACAUGGACAGCCAGAUCCCUUGUGUCUUCGUGGCCUCCAAGACAGACCUGCCAGAAGCCAGCCAGCAGCCAGGGCUGUCCCCAGCAGAGUUCUGCUACAAGCACUGCCUCCCUCCUCCCUUCCUCUUCUCCUACCACAGCCAGGGAGCUCCCAGCACUGCUGUCUACACCAAGCUGGCCACCGCCGCCACCUUCCCGCACCUGAACGCCGUGGAGCUGGGAGCUGCAUCCUUCUGGCUCCGGGUGGCCCUGGGGGCCACGGUGACAGCACUCGUGGGCUUCACCCUCUACCGUGUGCUGGCUAAGAACAAAUGA